GUUAAAACCUCUGCCCCGGCUCUUGGGAGUCGCAGGCUCGCUAAGUGUUCCAACCCCCAUCCCUCCCGCAGCGGCGGCGACCAGGUCCCACGGGCUCUGAACCAUGUACACCCGCAGUAAGGUGGUGGGCUCCAGGCUCGGCGCCUCCUCCGCCUCCCAGCCGACCCAGGACCCCACUGGGCAGCGCCCCGAGCAGGACCCGCUGCAAAGCCCCAGGCAGGGUGUUGAGGCGGACCCCGAGCGCCCUUCGCUGGAGAGCCCGGAGCGCGCGGGCCCGAGAUUCACAGGCGCUUACACCUUGAUAACACCAGAUAAAAACAGAAGAGAUCAGAUACAAAGGAUUGCUGAGGAAGAGCUGGAGAGCCUGAGGAGAUGGAGGGAGCAGCGCAGAGCGCAGCCAGUGCACCUGGUACCCAGGCAGCUAGGUGGGAGCCAAUCAGAGGCUCAAGUCAGGCAGAAACAGCAACUGCAACUGAUGCAAUCUAAAUACCAGCAAAAGCUAAAAAGGGAAGAAGCUAUAAGAAUCAAGAAGGCGGCCGAAGAAGCUGAAAUCCAAAAAAUGAAGGCAAUUCAGAGAGAGAAGAGCAAUAAACUCGAGGAGAAAAAAAGACUUCAAGAAAACCUCAGAAGAGAAGCAUUUAGAGAGCAUCAGCAAUACAAAACUGCCGAGUUCCUAAGCAGACUGGAGACAGACUGGCCAAACAGAAGUACCUGUCAAAUUCCUCUCCGUGGCCCACACUCGUCGACUUGGGCCAGAAGCCAGGCUUAUAAGGAUUCUCUAAAGGAAGAAGAAAAUCGAAAAUUGCAAAAGAUGAAGGAAGAACAACAUCAGAAGAGUGAGUUACUGGAAUUUAAGCGACAGCAACAGGAGGAAGAAAGAACCAAAACCCAACAGGCAGAACGCAGGAGGGUAAAUAAUGCUUUUCUGGACCGACUCCAAGGCAGAAGUCAACCAGGUGGCCUGGAGCACUUUGGAGGCGAUUGGAAUAUGAAUAGUGGGAGCAGCUGGGAUAUGUGAGAAAUAUUGACUGACAUCUGGCCUUUGUCAAUUGACAUUGAAAACGUUCAUGAGAUGCUUUUCUUCCAGUGCGAUUUUGUGCAUCCUUACCACCCUGACCUUGACUUCAGCUGCCCACCCACUCAGCUGAGCAGCUGGGCAACAGGUUUCUUCUCCCUGCUGUUGUUCAUGCAAGUUUGCAGGAGCUGAUCACUGAACUUAUAUUUAAUCUCUACUGCCAGGGAAAUGUUACAGGAUCUUUCUAAUUAGUUUUGCUUCUUUUAUUGGAAGUAUAAUUACAGCAAUGUUAGUAAGAUAGAAAAUGGGGAAUCAUUUGAUGCUUCCCUGUUAGUGAGAGCUGUGAUGCUGCUUGCUUGUCUCUCUAAGCGGCUAAUUCUCAGAUCAGGUCUGGGGAAGUUUCAACAUCUUUUUAGAUUGUUAAUCCCUUUCUUAAUCCCGUGUACAAACGUGAGCCAAAGAAAAAAAAUUAAAUCUUUUGUACUCUUUUAAACACAUUUAUAAAUAAAUGUUGAA